UCAGAAGUUGUCUCUAAAUUUUCGUACACUAGGCAAAUGAAUGGCUUGGUGUCUCCUCUGCGUGGAUCCUUAUCCUUGAAGAUCAAGUAAGCACUUGAAGCGGAAGAGUUGUGCUGGUCGAUUAGUUGUUCAAAAUGACUGGGGACUGGAGUACAAGACCCUCGAAAGCCCCUUCUUGAUUCUUCUGUUCAGCUCAAUUGUCUAGUCUCAUGUUCCUUUCCUUUCCUUUCCAUUUUCAUUCACUAGUACUAGCCAUAAACUUUUCAGUCUUCGAGCAAGGAUGGACAACACCUUACACCAAAGAAGUUAUCUUCUAGAGCUUACGAAUUACGCUCGCACUGCUCCCUUCCUGACAGCUUCUGCAUCAUGUGCCCUUUUUCUUAUCCUCACACGGUUAUGGACCGGUUUUGUGAAAGCGAGACGGCAGAGCAAUACUGGGCCACCUGAGAAGCAGGUUCCGAUUCUUCCAUACUGGCUUCCCUAUGUUGGCCAUGCAAUAUCUUUCGCCUGGUCAUUCGAUGAUAUGCUCGCGUAUGGACGAGAUAUCACCACAGAUGGCAUCUUCGGUCUUCGAAUCAUGGGUUCAACGCACAAUUUCGUUCUCAUGCCUUCGCUCGCAAAACAGAUCUUCCUGCAACGUCCUGCGGCUCUCACAUCAGAUGAUUUCAUUCAUUGGAUUCACGAUAAAUACUUUGGAGAUGGGGGUGCAGCGAGAAAGAUAGGACAUGACAAUUAUCAUGCUGUCCACCAAACAUUGACAUCGCUCAUGAAAGAGGCAUUCCUAAAACCUGCGACCGAUAGAACGGCACAGCUUGUAGAGGAACGAACGCCUCAUAUGUUCACCCUCUCAACCAACCUUGCGAGCCAAAAUGAGUGGGAACGCUGCGCUGGAGCUGUUGCCAUGGAGAAGUCUGCCGUCGAAGUGAAUCUUUUCAAAUUGACCAUGAACUUUGUUGGCGAUAUUGCGGGAACAGUUUUAAUGGGCAAAGCCUUCUUAGACAACAAUCCAGGAAUCAUGCAAGAUCUUUGGACAUUCGACAGUGGAUUUAACGCUCUGUUAACUGGUGUUCCAGUCAUCACGCGAGGUCUUACGAAAGCUACAAAUGCCAGAGCACGGAUCAAUUCGGCAGUUCACGAAUGGAAUCAUGCUGUUACGAACAUGUUGGAUGGCAAGGAAGUGGACGCAAAAUGGAACGAUCUUUCUGACGUUUCUGAAACUAUGCGCUUGCGGCUCCGAGCCCUCCAGAAAGUCGACGCCGACAACCCUUUCGCUAUAGCUUCCAAUGUCGCUGUAUACUGGGGCUUAAUGGUCAAUGCAAACAAAGUCAUCUUCUGGAUGCUGCUCCAUAUCAUUUCAAACCCCGACCUCCUCGAGACUGUUCGAAAGGAGAUCAAGCCAUACGCUCAAGUCACCCGAUCUGGCUUUGACUCUCUUAAACUGGAUGUCGAAGGCUUACUUAAGUCUUGUCCCAUCUUGAAGAGCUGUUUCUUUGAGUCAAUGCGAUUAUACACUGCUGGUGUAUCAUACAAGAAAGUAUUGCAAAACGUAACUCUCACAGAAAGUGCUGAAGACGCCGCUACCUUUGGGAAGCCACGGCCUCAGACAUACCACAUCAAGACUGGGGACUUCUUGAUAAUACCUGAAGCGACUCUUCAGACUGACCCUCGAUUGUGGAAAGACCCAUCAGUGUUCUGGCCUGAACGAUAUCUAGUGCCAGAUGAGAAGGAUCCUCAGAAGACGAAAGUGGACAGUCUUCAUCUGUUUGCUUUUGGAGGUGGCCCUAGCGUUUGCAAGGGAAGAAUCUUUGCAGAGCGAGAAGUGUUGAUAUUCGUUGCUGCACUAAUCUCUGUCUGGGAUUUCACUCCCGUUGGCAAGUGGACGAUCCCAAAGAGCUCGUACAAUGGGACCGGCUCCGCAAAUCCUAAGUCAGACUUGCGAGUGAGAAUGAGCAGGCGAGUUUGAGGUUGAUAUGAGGUGAUUAAGUACCGAUGUCUGUCUUGAAAUGGCGCAUGUUGCCUGAGAUUUAUGGGUCUGGAUAAAGUGCGAAGCUAGCCUUCCGGGUAACGGAUGUGUUCUUAGUCUAAAAAUCGGUCUCUAUUCCUGG